GCUGGGGUGAGGUUGCCUCGUUGAGUCCGUGUUAUGUCCCUACAAAAGCACGUUUUUCAUCCGUGAUUCAUUAUUUUUUUGCAGUAGUUGUUAUAGUUGAUUGAUACAAAUGGAUGACGAAAAACUGAUAGAACUUAUUAAAGAGAAUAGAUUUUUGUAUGACCCGUCACAUCCCAAAUAUAUGGAUCCGAAGUACAAAGUAAAAGUUUGGCAAUCGAUAGGAAAUAAACUGAAAAUUUCCGGAGUACAAUGCAAGACUCGAUGGACAAACAUUAGAGAUCAUUUUCGAAGGCAUUUACUAAAGCGUAAAAAAAUGCCGGAGUACGUUACUGAGUUUAGAAAGAAGUACAAAUAUGCCGAUCGCCUGCAGUUCCUCGUGCCUUUUACGAUUGACAGACAUGCAGGAUAUAAUUCCUCUCUGCAAGAAACAUCAGCACAUACAGAACUGAUGGAUGACAUCAAUGAAGCGAUCCCCGAUGAGCAAUCUGAUACUGAAACCAACCAGUCCCAGAUCUCAUCAUCUGUACCUGCGAAGACUUUCCAAGGUUGCAGCAACGUGGGGCGAUCACAAAGCACCUCCUCUCUUGCCGAUACACCUUCGCUCCCUCCGGUGAAAUAUAUCAUCGAUAAGGAUGACCCUCAGAAUAUCUCACAUGCUGCGUCCAAUGAUGAUAUAGAUACUUUCCUAAUGGGAAUCGCAUCUACCUUAAAAAGAUUAAACCCCUACAACCAACACGUAGCCAAAGGACAGAUUUUUAAUAUUGUACACGAAAUGGAGGCCCAAGAAUUCUUCAGUCAAGCACCGCACGGUUCUAACACAUCUCCUCGACAUUCUCUUGACAGUGACUCGAGGCGGUCAAAUGAGCCUAGCUAACAACAG